UUAAUGUUUUUUUUUCCCGCCAUUUUUAAUCGCAGAACAGAAGAAAACAAAACCUCUCUCCAAAGGACAGCCCACCAUUUAUGUGGUCCACUGCAUUAAUUAAAAAACAAAAUCUAAUCUUCUCCCUCACGGAAUUUGGUUGAGAUGUACAUAAUAUAUUCCUAACAGGAAUUGUUACUUCCUCACCACAAGAACAAACAAACAGAGAAAAAUGGCAGGAGCUUUGAUUGGAGAGGCUUUUUUCUCAACUUCUAUCGAGACGAUGUGCCAAAAGAUUGCUUCUGGCGAGUUCAUGGACUUCUUCCGGGGGAGAAAACUUGACCAUUCACUCUUGGAGAAACUGAAGCUGACUUUUCUGACCCUUAAUGUAGUGCUCGAUGAUGCAGAGGAGAAGCAGAUUCAGAAACCUCGUGUGAGAGAGUGGCUCGACGAGCUCAAACAUGCCAUCUUCGAUGCUGAGGACCUGCUGGUUGAGAUCGAUACUGAAGCUUUGCGAAGCAAGGUGGAAGCUGAGGAAUAUCAAAGUAAGAAAACACAGGUGUGGAACUUCCUCUCUACUUAUCUUAAUCCUUUUUAUCAAGGCAUGAAUGGUAGGAUACAAGAGUUACUCCAAAGGUUGGAACACCUUGAGAAACGAAAAGAUCUCAUUGGUCUUAUAGGAGGCGUUAAGGAGAAGGUUUCUCAAAGAACUCCCACAACAUCCUUUGUUGAGAAUGAAUUUAGUCCUUAUGGUAGGGAUGGAGAUAAAGACAAGUUGAAAACACUGUUGCUAUCGGAAGAUGCAAGUAGCAGCCACAUAUCAGUAAUCCCCAUAGUGGGAAUGGGCGGGGUUGAUAAGACAACCCUUGCUCAGCUCCUUUACAAUGAUAAAGAAAUAAAAGACCAUUUUCGUCUUACAGCUUGGGCUUGCGUUUCCGAAGAAUUUGAUGCUAUUAGGGUAACUAAAACCCUUAUUGAAUCAAUUAUCUCAGAACCUUGCAAUCUUCAAGAGAUGAGCUUGCUUCAAGAUAAACUUAGGGAAAAAGUGGUGGGGAAAAAGUUCCUAUUUGUGUUGGAUGACCUUUGGAAUGACAACUAUAGUGAUUGGGAUCUUGUACGGGCUCCUUUUACUUAUGGGGCGAGGGGAAGUAAGGUCAUGGUGACAACAAGGCACGAAAGUGUCGCAUCCAUUGUGCACACCAGUCCUAUUCAUUACUUGAGCCAUUUGUCGGAUAAAGAUUGUUGGUUGUUACUCUCAAAACAUGCAUUUAGAAAUGAAAAUCCUAGUGCACAUCUAGACUUGGAAGAAAUUGGUAAGCAAAUUGCACGUAAGUGCAAUGGUCUUCCUUUAGCUGCAAAAGCACUUGGGGGUCUCUUAGGUUGUAACGUAGGUUACAAGGAAUGGAGUGACAUUUUGAACAACAAACUUUGGGAGACAGUGCAUGAGAAAAAUGUUCUUCCAUCUUUAAGAUUGAGUUACCAUUAUCUCCCUACGUAUUUAAAACAAUGCUUUGCUUAUUUCUCAAUCUUCCCAAAGGACUAUGAAUUUGAAAAGGAAAAUAUAAUUCAACUUUGGAUGGCACUGGGUUUAAUUACACAAGAUGACAGUGAUAAAGGAUUGGAAGAGCUCGGUGAGAGAUACUUUGAUGAACUAUUGUCACGAUCACUACUUCAAAGAUCAUCAAUUGAGAAAUCAAGUUUCAUAAUGCAUGAUGUCAUUAACGACCUGGCUAGGUCUGUGUCUGGAGAAUUUUGUUUGAGGUUGGAUAAGGGAGUGUCACAUGAUGAAGUUCCUAAAAGAGUUAGGCAUUUGUCAUAUAUGAGAGGAAGAUUUGAUACUGCUCCAAAAUUUAAGCCAUUAGAUGACGUUAAGUGUUUGCGAACCUUAUUUCCCAUGUCUUUAAGACCAUACUAUGAAUGGGAUAAGAGCUAUGUAAGCAUAAAGGUUCUAGAUGAUUUAUUACCAUCACUAAAGUGUUUACGAGUGUUGUCAUUGGCAAGAUAUAAAAAUAUCACUCAAUUACCUGUUAACAUCGGAAAACUCUUAAACUUGCGCUACAUUGAUCUUUCUGACACCGCAGUUCAAAGGUUACCAGAUACGAUGUGUACUCUCUACAAUUUGCAAACUCUAUUAUUGUUUGGUUGUUUCUCUCUUGUUGAAUUGCCUGCAAACAUGAGGAAAUUGAUUAAUUUGCGUCAUCUUGAUAUUAGUGGAACUUGUGUAAAAGAGAUGCUGGUGCAAAUAGGUAGAUUAAAAAGUUUGAGAACAUUGACUGCAUUUGUAUUGGGGAAAUCUACUAGGUCGGGUGGCAUUGGUGAACUGGGGCAAUUGUCGAACCUUCGAGGAAAACUAUCUAUCUUGAAUCUGGAAAAUGUAGUCAAUCCUAUGGAUGCCUUGGGGGCCAAUUUGAAGGAUAAGAAACAUCUCAGCGAAGUAGAGUUGGCAUGGGGUCGUGAGGAUGCAUAUGAUUCCAUCAAAGAGAGACAUGUACUUGAAAGCCUACAACCUUCCAUAAAUCUGGCGAAGCUGAUCAUCAGAUUUUAUGGUGGAACCAGGUUUCCGGAUUGGUUGGGAGACUCUUCCUUCUCCAACAUACAAGUCAUGUGUCUCAGUGAUUGUGGUACUUGCUUUUCAUUGCCACCAGUUGGGCGGCUACCUGCUCUCAAAGAGCUCUACAUAGAAGGGAUGAAAAGUGUCAUUAGUAUCGGUAUUGACAACAUGAAGUUCAGAGAUAGGAAAGCAUUUUUUUAAUUAUUUUCAUGAUCUAAUGGUAUUCGUUAAAUAUUUUCUAAAAGAGUGAUGUU